GCGAGUUUAGUUAUAGCGAGAGAAGGAUAAGAGAUCUAUUUAGUUUUAAGUUAAGGUGUAUAUAUGUACAUAUGACUUUGGGUAGUGGUUCGGAUUUCAGAUAGAGAUCGAGAUCGAGUUCGGGUAUCUAAACUUGUUCAUUACAAAACCAAAUCAGAUAUUUUGCUACUUCGGUUCAGAAAUUUUUCCCUUCUAAUAUCAGGUAAAGGUCCAAGCAUACUACCCACUUAAAAGUGGGCCCACGAAAAUUAAAAAAAAAACGUAGGGAAAAUAACAAUGCGCUAUUGGGUUUGGAAAACGGAUACGAGUCCAAUAAUAUUGGGCCCAUUUGGAGAAGAAGACGCCUAGAAUCUUGGCCAACCUUCUUCCUCUACCGCUUUGAGUGCGUCACCGGAGAAUCUGCGGCUUCUGAAUCCUCGCCGGCGUACUGUCCUACAUUGCAAACAGAAAGCGGCACAGCUACACAUCAAUGGAAGCUGAAGAUGACCCCCGCAACAAGGACCUCUUCUUCGAUGGUCAUCAUCAAUCUCUUUCAUCCACCGAAGCUGCUUAUAGUCCCAAUGCCAAGAGGAAAGUUGAAAGCGGUUUUGGUCUCUUCUGCGUUAUGAGAAAGAGAGCUCGUGGUGAUGAUGAUGACAUGUCUUCUUCGGAUUUCGAUUACGCAGAGAAAGGUGAUGACUUUUUCUGCAGUGACACGGACCUGUCUGAAUGUUCAGAGUUUGAUGUUAUAUCACAUCAUGUUGUACAAGACAAGAGUUUGAUUGGAUCAGAAUCUCUGUCUACAUGCAACUCUGAUGAUGAUAAGAUUAGCCUUGGAAUCUCUUCAAUGUCUUUAACGAAAACCCUUGGCGGACCUGGUAGGCAGUGGUCAGUGUGUGGCUCUGUAACCGCAGUCAGAAACAUACCUUUAUUGGGAGAUAGCUCAGCUGCUUUUAGUUCCUUGGAUGAACAGUUAGAUGUUAAUGUGAGCACCUCUGAGGGCAGGGAUGCAGAAGCUGAUGGUGAAGAUGACAUGUCCUUUUCUGACAUUGAUGCUAUGAUACGCAGAUUGAAUCUGAUCCCUGAUGAUUCAGAUUCAUGCUUAGAUAUGGAAGAACGGAACAUGUCUAAGCUUCCAAGGCAUACAUUACUUGGACUGGAACACUGCUCAGUGACUUCAGUUCCGAGAGGAAUUAUAUCUCAAGGGGCAAUAGCUGUCCUGCAUUGUCGUGAUUCAAAGCAUUUUAUCAGGAAACAAGAGGUAAUUAUUGGGAGGUCAUGUGAAGGCAUGAAUGUUGACAUUGACUUGGGUAAAUACGGUUAUGGGAGCAAGGUAUCUCGGCGUCAGGCACUGGUGAAGCUAGAGAAGAACGGAACAUUCUCCUUAAAGAACCUUGGAAAGCGACAUAUCAUUGUAAAUGGGGAGAAGCUCAGUACAGGACAGAUUGCAUCCCUCGCAUCAUGUAGCUCAGUCGACAGGAGAAGUGUUUGUGUUCAAGAUUAACAAAGAAGCAGUGAGACAGUUCUUAAAGAACAACGCACGGAGAAACAGCAAAGACGACACCAAGUUCAGAUGGUGCGAAUAGAUUAUUGUUAGUACCUUUUGCUCUACUCGCCUCUGCAUAGUCUUAAUCACCCACACCUAACGCCAAUGAGUGAUCCACCUUUGAUCAUAUGUGAACAUUUUGGUCUUCUUUGGUAUAUUUUGUAAGUUAUUUAGAGCCAAAUGAUUUGGAGCCUUUGCUUGCAACAGCUGCAAUCACUUCUCUAAAGUGUGUUGUUAUGUCAACAAUCAAAUUAGUUAAUGUACAUAUUGACAAUUUUUGGUCAAAUGGGUACGUCAUGGUAAGAAGACAACUUGAAGAAAAAAACAAAUCCUUAACUGAAUUUUGUGAAUUGGUAAUACGUCUAAUAAUAAUCUGAAUUUUUCUGCUUUGGAAUCUAAAGAGAAGAAUCAAAAGCUCUUCUUACAUCUAAGUUUAUGGUGGAUGUUGAUAGGACCAACCACACCUCACUUGUACAGUACUUGUCUUCACGCGUAUGUCGGAUGGACCAUCUCACACAUGAUCAAAUAAUUACAAGUAGAUAUAUUAAUUAUCAAUCUAUAUAUAUAAGAACAUCUUUCAAUGGCUCUAUCACAUGUCUUGCUCCGCUCAUCCAACGGUCCUUUUCCACUCCAAACAUGGCUUCUCUUGUUUCUCUUCUUCUUGUAUUGCUCACUUUUUCUUUAGCAGAGUCCAAGACUUACUGGGGUGACGUGGCAGCUCUCAAAGAGUUCAAGAACUCUGUCGACGCCAAGUCCAUGACACCUGGCUCAUGCCUCAGCUCCUGGGACUUCUCCGUCGAUCCCUGCGACAAUUUAUCCGGCGAGAAAUUCACGUGUGGCUUCCGCUGCGACACAAUCGUUUCCGGAUCGGGUCGGGUCACGGAGCUCAUCCUCGACCAAGCCGGGUACUCCGGCUCCCUCUCCUCCCUUUCAUUCAACUUCCCUUAUCUCCACACCCUCAAACUCUCCAACAACUACUUCUCCGGUCCGCUUCCUAACUCGCUCUCCAACCUCACCCGCCUCACCAGCCUCUUCCUCUCCGGAAACUCCUUCUCAGGAUCCAUACGCGGUUCCCUCGGGUCAAUGCCGCUUCUAGAAGAGCUCCUCCUCGACAACAACAACCUCAACGGCUCCGUUCCGACGAGCUUCAACCGUCUUUCCCGCUUAAAACGGUUAGAACUCCAGCAAAACAACAUCUCCGGCGAACUUCCCGAUCUAACCUCCCUCAAGAACCUAAACUACCUCGACGUUAGCGAUAACCGGAUCUCCGGUCCGGUCACGUCAUCUUUACCCGGUUCACUAGUCCAAAUCUCAAUGCGAAACAAUCUCUUCCAAGGAACGAUACCAGAGAGCUUCAGAAACUUAACCUCUCUCGAAGUUAUCGAUCUCAGCCACAACGAACUCGGCGGCUCGAUCCCAUCGUUCAUCUUCGCGCAUCAAACUCUCCAACAGCUAACUCUCUCCUUCAACGGCUUCACUUCUAUAGACUCGCCUCGCUACUCGCCCUCGGGUCUCCCCAGCGAGCUAAUCUCCGUGGACCUCAGCAACAACAAGAUCAGAGGCCCGUUACCUCUGUUCAUGGGCCUGUUACCGAAGCUCUCAGCUUUGUCGUUGGAGAACAACAGCUUCUUCGGUAUGGUUCCGACGCAGUACGUUUGGAAAACCGUGUCGCCUGCCGGGUUUCAGAGGCUGUUACUAGGCGGGAACUUCUUGUUUGGAGUCGUACCGGGUCCUUUGAUGGCGCUCAAGCCUGGCUCGGUGAAUGUGCAGCUCGCUGGAAACUGCUUCUUGUGGUGUCCCGCGACGUUUUUCUUCUGUCGGGGACAAGAACAGAGAUCUGUUACGGAGUGCAGAAAGUUUAGCCGUGUUAUUCCUUGAUUGUUUCUUUUUUUCAUUGCUUGGAUCUUCGGGUCGGGUCGGAUCUUUGUGAUCAUGUGAAGCUUUUAGGGGUCUUAUGGCAGUUGCUUAACCCGAAGCUUAAAAUGUGAUUAAAUUAAUAAAGUGCCGUUAAGAGAGUCAACUAGGCGAUGUUACGAUACUAAUUUAUGUAAUCAAUAACAUGGAUGAUUAGACCAA